AGAGCGUGACCUGUUCUUUGCAGUCACAGUGUUGCUAGACAAGAUAAAUAUUGCUGUUAAGUGCUUUCAGCGUGCUGUUAAGCGCAUUACUUGUUUACAACCGGGCAUAUAUUUUAUUGCUUGUAAAUUAAAGCUUAAUUACGAAGAAUUUACACAGGAUACUGGCUCCCAAAAAUGGCUUCGACGCCUGGAAAGUCCUCCGACUUGGAAGUGAACUGCGAAUCCAGCGGUCUGCUCUCAGCCACCGUUGUGGCCGGUUUAAAGAACCUGGGAACUAUCAUCUCGGCCCCAAUAACUAAACUUCUCAUCGCGAACUCGCUAAAAUUGACGCUCCAUCCGGAUGCGACUAUUGCUCCAGUUCCUGAGAUAUAUGCCUCCAAUGCCGCCUGCGCCAAGCAGAGCGAGUAUGCAGUGGUGACCCUCUAUGCCCUGGCAACUAAGCACGGAUGGGAUAGCCUUUAUCUUCGCCAGCAGCUUGAGCAACUAUCCAUGGAUUCGAGUGCAGUUGAAGAACUGAGCCGUGUGUACGAGGACAACCGUAAGGAUCUAAUCCUCCGCCAGCUGCAGGUGGGCCACAACUUUCCUCACAUCACAGACAUCCAGUGGCGGAUUGUGUGCGACGUCAAGUCUUCCACCUCCGAUUAUAGCACGGGAGUGGCUAACUUCCACAUAAAUUUGGGGAACUUUCUAUCAAGCAGCGGAGAACGGGUGACCAUAGUCGAGUUCGUCUGCAAUGCCGAGGAGCUGCAGUCGCUGAUUAACCGCCUUAAAGAGAUUGAACGUCACUGCAACCAGAUGGCCGUGGCUUAG